AUGUCGAUAGCACCACAACAAACCUGGCGAGCGCUACAAAUCGGUGCGCUCCCUGAUCGCGAGACUCAACGACCGAGAAUGUCGCGGUCAAUAGGCCAUGUGGCCCUCGAUCUCCUCUUGCCAACUCUGAUCCUGCUCCAUCUGUUCAUCUCUCCAUACACAAAGGUCGAAGAAUCGUUCAACAUCCAAGCCACCCACGACAUCUUGUCCACCGGCGUCCCCUUGACCAACACGACAGAAAUCCUAAACACUUCCUACGACCAUGUCUCCUUCCCGGGCUCAGUACCACGAACGUUUGUAGGUGCCCUGGCACUAGCUGGAAUAUCAGGACCGUUCGCGAGCUUCUUCUCCUCGCCUCAGCAACUUCAGCUUCUGGUCCGCGCACUGCUAGGUCUGGGAAAUGCUGCUGCUCUGUGGCAUCUCAAGUCCGCCGUUGAGACUGCUUAUGGGCGGACGGCUGGGAGGUGGUAUGUCUUGCUACAGGCCAGCCAGUUCCACGUGCUCUACUAUGCCUCUCGAACUUUGCCAAAUAUGUUUGCGUUUGGCCUCACGACUCUUGCUAUGAGGAAUCUCAUCAUGGUCAAGGCAGUGACAUGGAAGACGCAACGCAGCGCGAAACGAAGGCGGCUGGCACUGUAUCUGCUGACUGUCGCUGGCAUUAUCUUUCGCUCCGAGAUCGCCAUUCUGCUGGCUGCUGAGACGGGAUACUUGUUGUUCCAGCAACGUAUUUCCCUUACCAAAGAGAUCAUACCUGCCGGUCUGGCUGGGGCGAUCAUUGGCUUGGCCACUACAGUUUUGGUGGACUCAUUCUUCUGGCAACAGUUUCCACUAUGGCCAGAGUGGGUCGGUUUCUACUACAACACUAUCCUCGGCAAGUCGUCAGAAUGGGGCACAAGCCCGUUCCACUUCUACUUCCUUAACGCACUGCCACGACUGCUGCUCAACCCAGCGACCUACCUGUUUUGCAUACCUUCUGCACUUAAUGCUGGACCAACGAGCCGUGAUAUAUUGAUCCCACAGAUCGCCUUCAUUGCCAUUUACAGCCUCCUACCACACAAGGAAUGGCGAUUCAUUCUCUAUACGAUACCUGCUUUCACGGCGGUCGCUGCUGGUGGCGCUGGCUGGAUCUGGACGAGACGAGGGAAGACGGCAAUGUACCGGUUGUACAGCAUUACUCUCGUCCUCUCUACUCUGGCCUCUUUCGCAGUCAGUCUUGGUCUGCUGUACAUCUCCAGCCUGAACUACCCAGGCGGUGAAGCGCUUCAACGCCUCCACGAUAUCGUUUGGCAGGCCAAGGAUGUCAGAGCUCCUGUACGAGUCUACAUGGACAACCUCGCAUGCCAAACUGGCGUCACACGCUUCCAAGAAGUACAGCCGUACUGGCAUUACGACAAGACCGAGGAUGAACAAACACUUCUAGAUCCUAUGUUUUGGCAGCAGUUUGACUAUGCGCUUUCAGAGAACCCUGCACGAAUCAUUGGAGCAUGGCGUCCAUUGAGCGUUGUGGAAGGCUUUGCUGGUAUAUCGCUAAAGCCAGCAGAUGAUGAUGAUAUCUUACCAGUACCUACCAUUCUUGGCAAUACUGGUAGGUCGCUGCAGAAGGUCUACUAUGACUUUGCGUUGAUCGCACGUCAGCGGUUCACGAAAGGAUACUGGCCAGCCAUCAAGAUGAAGCCAAAGAUCUGGAUCUUGGAACGGGAACUGCCACCUGCGGAGGCCAGACAGAAGGGAGGCAUUAUGCCACCCUAG